GAGAAUCCUCCACCUCCAUCCGAGUCCUUCGAGCGUGAAAUCGAUUGCCAGAAAUCAACCAGCCAUCGCAAGAACCGACAAAUGGUUAUUCUGAGCCAACCGCUAUGUCCAAGCCCCUAGAGACGUCACUUCAAGGCCAUCUGGGGGGCUGGCUAGGCAUCAGCAUCCCUAUGGGUCAAUUGCUGGCUGCUAUAGGUGCAUCGAUUGUUGCGUAUUGCGUAGCCAAAGUCAUCUACAGGUUUUACUUUCACCCUCUUUCCAAGUAUCCUGGUCCAAAAUUGGCUGCUGCUACUGAUUUAUGGUGGGCCUACGCAAGGCGACAUUGUCCGCAUUGCUCCGAAUGAGCUUGUUUUCGGCAAUCCUCAGGCAGCACGAGACAUAUAUCUUCCACACGUCAAGAAUAUGGAGCUGUUCGUACAGCCCGGAUAUGAUACCCUGGACACAGGAGACGGCGGUAUCACAUGGGAGACAAAUCCCGCCAAACAUCGAGAGAUAGCCAAGAAGCUGGCACCGGCAUUCAGUACCAAGAACUUCAGGGCGAAAGAGGCCACUGUCCAGAAGCACGUUGACCUUUUCAUAAAGAGGCUGAUAGAGGUUGGCGCACAACAGAGGGGAGUCGAUCUCCGACUCUGGACGGAAUGGUUGGCAUUAGAUCUCGCUGCGGAUAUGACGUAUAGCCAGGACAUGGGUCAUGUGCGAAAUGCAAAGAGCUCAGAAUUUCUUGAUACAGCUCUGAAGCUAAACUUCUUCGGAGCAGUGACUAAUAUCGCAGCGAAAUUCCGCUUUCUCACGCCCUUCAUAUACCUUUGCAUCCCUCCGUCCGUAUGGCUAUCUAUGCCUCGUCUUAUCAAGAUGAAUAGCGAAGACGUCAAGAUACGUAUCAGCCGUAGAGGCAAAACAGAGCAUCUCGACUACUUUGAGCAGCUGGCCCCGGCUGAUAAGCCUGAGCCUAAGGACAAAAAGCAGAUAUUCCAUUUGCAGAAUAUAGCAGGGCAACUGCUUCUGGCUGGCUGGCAGCCCAUGUCGCAUCAGUCGUACUCUGUUAUCUGUCAACUCCUUAAGAAUCCACGCGUUUAUGCAACCCUGGUGGAGGAGGUGAGGUCAACGUUCAAAGACUCUAAUGAGAUCAGCACCGAUACAACAGCGACUUUGAAGUAUCUGCAAGCUUGCAUCAACGAGAGUCUUCGAAUGCAUCCAGAUACUGUUGACGGGCUGCCACGCAUAAGCCCUGGUGCUGUGGUUGACGGGAAGUUUAUCCCAAAAGGAGUCAUCUGCCAACACAGUCAUUUCGCCGCCGCAAGGAGCCCACGCUUCUUUGCAGAGCCCCUUGAGUUCCAUCCUGAGCGCUGGUUAGCGCCGGACCAUCCUUGUUUCGACCAAAAGUUCAAGGAUGAUAACCUGAAAGCUUCUAUGCCUUUCAACCAGGGAACUCGAGCCUGCACAGGCUCGAGUAUAGCCCUGGCUGUGCUCCGUCUAUUCCUCGCCAAGGUUCUGAUGCACUUCGACCUGGAAGCAGUGCCAGGUCAGGAUGAAGUGUUGUUUGACGAGCAUUACAAGUACCUCGCGUUCUGGGAGCGACCACCAUUUCGCGUGCGGUUCAAACGUGUUGAUGACACGAGCACUCCUGAGCAUGGCAAGCUCAAUCAUGUCUAAGAAACAUCUCUGGAUGUCGAGUUAUGUGUUAUAAUCAGGCAUUUGGCUCCCAGCGGUCUUCGAUCCAUUCAACUCGCGCACGAAUGUCUCUUGUAGCUGACCAACGAGCUCUCUUGUGAUACGAAUCUCUUAUUUCACAGCAUAGCAAUACCAUAAUCAUGGGAUUCAUCCUC